UUGCCAAGCCAUACCUUUUUGUUCAGUGCCCCUGAGACAUGAGGUGGAUGGGAAACGAUCAUAGCUCAGUGGAUUACAGCACCUCCAGAAGGUCCCGGGUUCAAUCCCUGGCGUCUACAGAAACUGGCAAGAAACAGAACAAUAUCACAGCCCACAGGACCACACACACACAAAAUCCAUUCAACGGCGUGUGUGCUUUAACACUGAAUAAAUGAAGUGAGGGAGCUGAAUAUGUUUUUUCAUUUUGUUGCAGUGAUCCUACUUUCUACGCACUUGGCUUCGUCACACAUGAGCUCAAAAACCCUGCAAAGUCUGGAACAGAUUGUCACGACUCCUGGAAAUCCAGUAACCCUUAACUGUAGUCUUCCAGCUGGACAGCUGUUUGGCAAUCUGCUGGCAUAUUGGUUCAAAGAGGGGAAAGGGAAGAGGCUUCAGCAGACCCAGGUGCGCUCUGUGUAUCCAGAGGCAAGUGGACACGGCUCCAGUCCCUCAGACACUCUCAGAAACUUUCCUCUGGUCAUCAGCAGUGUGCAAAGAAACCACUCCGGCCUUUAUUUUUGUGUCAUCUACACAUAUGCAGAUAUUAAUAUUCCUAAAGGGGUGAGAUUGAUCAUCACAGAUGUUUCUUGGCCACGACUUUCCAUAUUGGCGCCUUCGUCUUUAGAAGGGGCUCAGGGUAACCACAGCAUGCCCCUCCUUUGCCUCCUCUUUGACGCAAAGCCUUCUCAGAAUCCUUUAUCCUGGAAUAUUAGAGGGGGGAUGUCUCAGAACCAAGCUCAUGCUUUCGGCGUGCUGAAUGAGGAAGGAGGACUUAGCAUUUGGAGUUUAUCACUGACCCCUCCGGAGGCGUGGAUCCAAGGGUUGGCUCAUAGCUGUUCAGUCCCGGAGAACGGAAAUGUCAGCACUGCACUCUGGAGGGGCACAGAGUCUACAAACACUGAAUACUGCAUUCCUGUGGUAUAUUUUGCAGUAGCCUUUGUUGCCAUCAUCCUGUUGACUAAUCCAGCCUUGAUCUCGUUCUUCAGAAAGCAUUGCACCAGGGGAAAUGCAAAGCAAAAAGCAAAGUGUAUCCUAAGGCGGAAAGUUCCACAGACCAAUUAUGCAGAAGUGCAUUUCAACAACCAAAAUGUGAUCCAAAUUGAUUAAUCCAGCCUUCUGGUAAAAGUUGACAUUCUUUUCAGAAGGAAAGAGGCAAAGAAGCAAAACACAUUCCAGAAUCUAAUAUAUUUUAACGUGUUAAAUUUAGAUUGUAUUAAACACGGCCU